AUGGUUUUAUUCAGGACAGUGGUUUUUGUAGCUUUUCUUUUAGUGUUUUUGCCCCGAGUGGUGUGCAUGAUUCCCAGUGCUAAAUGCAGCAUCAGUGACCCUCUGCCUUUUCUUCACAAGCAAUAUCAGGAAGGAGAUCUCAUUGUUGUGGACAUUUUGUCUCAGAUCUACAUCUUUUAUGCAAUGAUAAACUUCAUAGAACGUCCCUCCAAGAAGCUCUUUGAGGACAUCGUGUUUAUGACUCCUCUCUACCAACACAUCCUGGCCCUAGAGUUUGCCAUCAAGGAGAUCAAUGAAAAUCCCCGUUGGACUUUUCGUGCCUCAUUGGAACUCUUCUCUACACAAGGCAGAUUCAUUCCCAACUACAACUCUGAAAUGCAAAACAGACCAAUAGCAGUCAUUGGAGGCCCAACUUCAGAGGUCUGUCUGCACAUGGUUAACAUCCUGUCAUUGUACAAGAUGCCACAGAUCACGUAUGGGUUUGUUCCAGAAACUGAUGUCAAAAAUCAGAAUGCUUUCUACCAACAGAUUUUCCCAAAUGCCAAACAUCAGUACAAGGGUAUUGUCAAACUACUGCUUCAUUUCAAAUGGACAUGGAUUGGUGCAUAUACUGUAAAUAAUGAGAAUGGUGAGAGUACUUAUUCCAAUGGCCUGGUUAAUUCACUGGAAGAGGGGAGUAAAAUAUAUUAUGAGGUUAUGAGCAGCACUGUUAAUGUUGUGAUCCUUCAUGGUGAAACUGAUCACAUAAUACUUCUAAGAAUACUUUCCAACAUGUUGAAAGAUGAUAAUGUACCACUAUGGGUCAAAGAUAAAAUCUGGAUUAUGACAGCCCAGAUGGAUUUCGCAUCAGUUUCCUUUGUAAGAAAUAUUGACCUAGUCUUCCUCCAUGGUGCUAUUUCCUUUGCAAUUCACUCAGAGAAGAUAUUGGGAUUCCAAGAAUUUCUUCAGUCAAGAAACCCUAUCUUGGAAGAAGAAGAUAGCCUUUUCAGGGUCUUCUGGAGAAUUGCAUUUGAAUGUUCAUUCCCCAUCAGCAUGAUUGACGAGGAAGGUGAGGCCCUCUGCAAUGGAGAGGAGAAACUGGAUACACUUCCUACAUCUGUCUUUGAAAUGCAAAUGACUGGCCACAGCUACAGCAUCUACAAUGCAGCCUAUGUGGUGGCACAUGCUUUGCGUGACUUAUAUUCAUCUAUAACAAAGUACAGAGCAGGUGCACAUGAAACCAAACUGAAGCUUCUGAAGCAACCACUGUGGAAG